UCGAUCGCGCCGUUACAACGUCAUCAUUAAUGGACGGCAACAAUGGAAAAUAAACAAAGAAGUAAAUAUGGCAUGGCUAAAUUAUAAGAACGUUAAUUCAAACCAUUAACAAGAUUGUACUAGUGCUAUUUAAUACUAACACGAUACGAUUCCCAGUGGUUUAAAAUGUGUAUAACGUUUGCUGUGCCAUUCCACCUCUAAAUAUAACAAACUAUUAAAAAUGUCAUCGCUAUCGAGCAUAUGAACUAUCGUUUUCGCUUUUAACCAUUCAACCUGGGAACUGAAAAUGACAACACUAACCAGACAGGACCUUAACUUUGGACAAGUGGUGGCUGACAUUCUGUGUGAGUUCCUAGAGGUAGCCAUUCAUCUCAUAUUAUAUGUUCGGGAGGUGUACCCCUCUGGGAUUUUCCAGAAGAAAAAGAAAUACAACGUGCCUGUACAGAUGUCAUGCCAUCCAGAACUGAACCAGUAUAUCCAAGAUACACUCCAAUGUGUGAAGCCGCUCAUCGAAAAGAAUGAUGCUGAGAAGGUAGCGGUGGUCAUCAUGGACAAGGAGCACCACCCGGUCGAGAGAUUUGUCUUUGAAAUCUCUCAGCCCCCCCUGCUGAGUAUAAGCUCUGACACACUGCUGUCCCAUGUUGAGCAGCUGCUGCGAGCGUUCAUUCUGAAGAUCAGCGUGUGCGAUGCGGUUCUCAACAGCAAUCCCCCAGGCUGUUCGUUCACAGUACUGGUCCACACCAGAGAAGCUGCCACGCGCAACAUGGAGAAGGUGCAGGUCAUCAAGGACUUCCCAUGGAUCGUGGCUGAUGAGCAGGAAGUCCACAUGCCGGAGCCCAGACUCAUUCCGCUGAAGACCAUGACGUCAGAGAUUGUAAAAAUGCAGCUUUACGUAGAGGAGAGAGCCCAGAAAACAUAGUGGAUUUCUCCUAAGCAUACACCCGCAAAAUCGAUCUUAUUUCUCUCCGAGACAGAGAGAGAGAUUCCAUGAAGACCUAUCUGCUUUGUUGUUUUCAAUGAAGCUCCCACAUGAAUGUAUUCCAGUUGUUUUGUAAAUAUUGAAUGUGAAUUGAUUAACUGUUAACGUUUUCGUGAUGUUAAUUCCAUGUUGAUAUUCCUGUCAUGAUUAAAGAAAGUGCAAGCAC